AUGACCGAGGAACUAUUCAUGAGUUGGUUGCACCAUUUCAAGCGCUCUGUCUCUAGGGGUGUAUCACCAACAAACACGUGCCUGUUGAUAUUCAACGAACAUGGCAGCCAUGUUGCAUUGCCAACCAUCCAGGAGGCAAGGAUGUUAGGCAUAGACUUGCUGACAUUACCAGCUCAUGGAUCUCACAAAUUGCAGGCACUCGAUGUGAGUGUAUUCUCUCCAUUCAAAACAUACUUCAAAUCGAAAAGAGUCGCAUGGAUAGCAAGGUUCCCCAAUAUAGAAAUCAGGAGGGCUGAACUGGCAGAAUUGAGCAGCAAGUCUUUGGCCAAGGCAUUGAUUGUUUCAAACAUUGUUGCGAGAUUCAAAGGGACGGGGAUAUGGCCCCUCAAUCCUGAUGCCCUCACCCAAGACAUGCAGCCUAGCACCACAACCCACAUUAAUGAUGGGAAAGAUGCAUCUGAAGUGCAAAACAUGCCCAGCCUUUCAGGAGUCCAUGUCUCCCCAUAA